UAUAGAUAGAGGUUGAUGUGCCGGAUUCCUUGUUCUUGUAUUUGAAACUUCUGGUUGUGAAAUGUGAUAAAAAAAUAUAACGAAAGAUUUGUUUUAUUUUAGUAAUCCACAAAAUAUAGAGUUUGGUCUCAUAGUUUAUCGAAUUUAUUGAAAUUUCAACAAUGUUGUUCUAUAUUUUUAUUUUAUUAUACGCUGUUUCUACAUCAUUUGGCAGAAAAUUUAUACUGGAAGAACCCUCUUGUUCUCAGCUUUUAAAAUAUUGUGAUAGUAACAAUAUCAACCAAAACUUAAUCAGUGAUAUAGACACUCUAGAAUGUGUACAAAAUUUGAGCCCAGUUCAAUUAGUAAAUUUGACCAUGGAGUGCCAACACAUAAUAUGGAAUCAUGGAAGAGAACUUAUUACUAAUGAGAAUGUAUUUCAUUUACUAGAACCUCAUUGUACUAAAGAUUUACCUCAAUUGAAUUGUAAGUGGAGGGAAGAUGCCUUUUAUCUGAAAUGCAUUGUAGACAAUAAGGAGAACAUUCAUGGGGAAGAUUGUUCGAAAGCUGUUGACCAUUUGGAAAAUAUGGUAUUUCAAGAUUUCCGACUGCUACCAUCAUUUUUGAAAGAAUGUACAGAUGAUAUUGAAAAACUUAAAUGUGGUCGACUAGACUCGUACAGUGCAUCUCAAACUCAAACAGUUGUAUGUCUUCAGAUUAAUAUUCAGAAUAUUAGUAAUUCGUGCAAAAGAGAAGUGCUUAAUUUGGCUGAAAUCCAAGCUAAUAAUAUCAAAAUGGACCACGAGUUGUAUGCAGCUUGUAAAGAAGAUCAUUUGAGGUACUGUUCACAGUUUAUUGCAGGAGGUGGAAGAGUUUUUCAAUGUUUGAUGCAACAAGACCAAGAUAAACUCUCCUCGUUAUGCAUUGCUAAUUUAUUUAGGAGGCAAAAAUUAAUAUCUCAAGAUUAUAAAAUCAGCAAAGGCCUUAUGAGGGCUUGUAGGGAAGAUAUAAGGCGCACACAUUGUCGUAAACAAACAUCUAACGACAAAACUAUCAGGCUUGCCCAGAUACUUUUGUGCUUAGAGGGCGUUCUCAAAAAUGGUAGUAAGGUGGAUCAUGACUGUGAAAAAGAAAUGUUGGAGCAUAGAAAAAUGUUGAUGACUGAUUAUCGGCUAUCGCCAGAAAUAGUUACAGAUUGCAAAUUAGAAAUCAAAACAUUGUGUUUUGGUGUUGAAGUUGGGGGCAAGACUAUACAUUGCCUGAUGGAAAACGCUAGAUUAUCCAAACACAACAAAAGGAAAAUUUCAGAUACCUGUAUGAGAGCUUUGGAGUCGUUAGUGAGAGAAACAGAUGCAGGUGAAGAUUGGAGGGUAGACCCUGUUUUGUACCAAGCUUGUUAUCCAGUAGUACAAACUUUAUGUAGAAAUAUUAAUGGCGGAGAUGCUAGGGUUAUGUCAUGUCUUAUGGAUAACAUUGGCGAUGAACAUAUGUUAGAUGCAUGCGAAGAUGCUUUGAUGCAAAUUCAGUAUUUUGUUGCAAGAGAUUUCAAAUUAGAUCCUCAGUUGUAUAGGGCUUGUAAAGAUCAUGCCAUCAAUGUCUGCCACGCUAGUAGAACUUGGGCAACUGAAAUCAACCCUUCACUUGAUAGUCAAGUCUUACCUUGUCUUUACAGAUAUGCUUACUUGGAAGACAGUGAAAACCUUCAGCUGAACAAAAACUGUUUACAAGAGGUGAAAAGGGUAAUGAGGCAGAGAGCUCAAAGUGUCGAUUUAUACCCAGAAAUAGAAGAACCAUGUUUGGAAGAUCUGUCAGAGUUCUGUUUCGAUAAAACAAAAAAGGGAGAAGAAAUGAUGUGCCUUCAGAAGAACUUGGAUAACCUUUCUCAAAGGUGCCAGAAGGCAGUGGAAACGUUCACUGAAAUAGAAGGCAGGAACGUUGAACUGAACCAUUACAUCAUGACUCACUGCAGAUACCAAUUGAAACAGUUGUGCGAUUUCAAGAAGGAUGAAGGUGAGAAGAUGGACUGCCUCAUUGCUCACAAAAACGACCCCGUCAUAAAGGAGAAACCGGCUUGUAGAGCCAGUAUAGAACACUUUCAAAUAAUCUCUUUGAAAAAUUACAAGUACUCCUACAAGUUUAAGGCAGCUUGUAAGAAACACGCUAUAAGGUUUUGUCCGAAUCCAAAAUCUUUUGUGGAUGUCAUCAGGUGUUUGAGUGAAAAAAUCACCAAUGAUACGAUUAGAGGUGAAAGAAGCGUGAUUCCCAAGGAAUGCAGGCAGCAGGUGAAGGCGCAAUUGUUCCAGCAGAGGGAAAAUAUAAAUUUCAAUCCGAAGCUGAAGGCAGCUUGCGAACAAGACAUUCAGUCUUUUUGCUCGCAUGUUGAACAUGGAAAUGCGCAGGUUCUGGAAUGUCUUCAGUCAGUUUUCAAAAAAUUGUCGGAUAAGUGCGAAAAGGAAGUAUUCAAGAUUAAGAAACAAGAAAUUACAGACAAUUCUGUUGACUAUGCUUUAAUGACUAUGUGUGCCGAUACCAUUAAUAUCUUUUGUCCACAUCACGAAAAAGAUAACGUACUUGAAUGUUUGAAGAAAAAUAAGGAUGAAUCUGGCUUCAGCAAGAAGUGCAGAAUCAUUGUCCUACAUAGAAUGGCAGAACAAGAUACGAAUUACAACCUAAACCCGUCUCUUCAAGAGCACUGCAAAGCGGAUAUGAAUAAAUUAUGUAAGAAGGUGGUCAAACAUGACGUGAGCUUUUAUAACAACACCAUGGAUUGCCUCAAGAAAGCUUUCAAAGAAUUCAAACUCUCUGAUAAAUGCGAGAAAGAAAUGGCUCAUAUCUUGAGGGAACAGGCUCUCGAUAUCAAUCUCAACCCCCUGUUGAGGGCAGUUUGCAAAACCGAAUUAGAUACAGUGUGUCAAGUGGAUGAACAUGAAAAUAUUGAAGAGUGUCUCAAGAAAGCGCUGAUAGCAAAGAAGAUACCAACGCCAAUGUGUCAAAAUGAAGUUGCAAAUAUGAUUGAAGAAUCUCAAGCCGAUAUUCAGGUGGAUCCGGUGUUGCAACAGGCUUGUUCGUUGGAUUUGAUAAAAUAUUGUGGGGAAAUACCCCAGGGUAAUGGUCGACAUAUAAGAUGUUUGACAAAUCUGAAAGAGAAUUCUCCGAAAAAAUUGUCGCCAGAUUGCCGGGAUAUGUUGAGCAAAAGGUUGGAGAUGUAUGAGAAUGCAGCUCAGCAUAAUCCACCGGAAAACCUCCACCAGCUUUAUUACCAAGUAGUGAGUUCACCAUCGAAGCACUAUUUCUAUUUAGUGAUAUUCAUGAUGAUUGGAUCAAUAUUUGUGGUGGGAAUCUUCUGUGGAAGGGUAUCGAGAAGAAAUAUGCAGAUUAAAAAUAAAUGAUAUAAGAGGGAUUACUUACAACGAUCCAAAAACCAAAGUUUUUAUAGAGUUUAGCAGAAAUGGAAAGAGGGCGAAUAUUUUCUUACUUCAGAAUUUUAAGAAUGUGGAAACUAUCGAAGAUGGAUUGAAUUUAUGAAUUUCUUUGGUGCAGAGCGAAAUUUGGUUGCUGAUAAUACGUACUUUUGAAGCCAGACAUGUUUUUCGAUUUAGGGAAUUUCAUAUAGAUUUAUUUGGCAUAAGUAUAAAUUUGCUUUUACUCUACAUAUAGGUGAAAUCGCUAUCCAUAAAUCCCUUUGUAAAUGAAAACAUUUCCUUCCAUAAUUCUUUCAGUUUUCUUCGUUAAGUUGCCAACCUAGUAUAAAUUAAAUAGAUCUUAGUGUAAGUCAAAUUCUCAACCAGACUCUAAGAUUAAAUCAACAUAAUUAAAGGUCAAUAAUAAUCAUGUUCACCUUAAUCAUAUUUUCUUUGAAAUAAACAUGGCCGCUAUGAGAGAUUAUGCACAUUUUCAUUACAUAAAGAGAAUUAUUCAAUUAAUUAUUACUUAUGAAGAAGACUGAUAAGAAAUUUCGAUUGUGAAAAUAACGAAUAUUUGUGUCAUAGGUGAAAAUUUAAACAAGUACUUGACUUCUGUAUAUAGAACCUAAUAAAGUUUUAUCAUAUUUA